AUGAGUAAUUCAAUUCAGAAGGCUAUAGAUCUAGUGACCAAAGCUACAGAGGAGGACAAUAAAAAAAAUUACCCUCAAGCAUUGGCAUUUUAUCAAAAUGCUGUUGAGUAUUUUUUGCAUGCAAUUAAAUAUGAGACAGCUGGAGAAAGGCAAAAAGAAGCUAUCCGACAAAAAACAUUAAUAUAUCUUGAAAGAGCUGAAAAAAUUAAAAAUUUUAUAAAAAAUAAUGAGAACAAGAAACCAAUGAAGGAGGAUAACUCUGAUUCUGAUUCAGAGGAUGCACAAUCUAAACAACUUAAUAGUAAAUUAAAUGAUGCUAUAGUUAUUGAGAAACCAAAUAUUAAAUGGGAUGAUAUUGCAGGUUUGGAAGGCGCUAAAGAAGCCUUAAAAGAGGCCGUCAUUUUACCAAUCAAAUUUCCACAACUUUUUACAGGAAAAAGGACACCAUGGAAAGCGAUAUUAUUAUUUGGACCACCAGGAACAGGUAAAUCGUAUAUCGCGAAAGCUGUUGCCACAGAAGCUGACAAUUCAACAUUUUUUUCUGUAUCUUCAUCUGAUCUUGUUUCAAAAUGGCUAGGUGAAUCUGAAAAACUUGUUAAAAAUCUUUUUCAAAUGGCUAGGGAUAAAAAACCAUCAAUUGUUUUUAUUGAUGAAAUAGAUUCAUUAUGUUCCUCAAGAUCAGAUAAUGAAUCAGAAGCAGCUAGGAGAAUAAAGACAGAAUUCUUAAAACAAAUGGAUGGUGUUGGUGUUCAUAACGAUGGAGUUUUGAUAUUGGGUGCUACAAAUAUUCCAUGGGGCCUUGAUUCAGCUAUAAUACGUCGUUUCGAGAAAAGAAUAUAUAUACCUUUACCAGAAUUAGAGGCAAGAAAAGAAAUGUUCAAAAUGAAUGUUGGUUCAACAGUAAAUACUUUAACAGAUAGAGACUAUAGAGAGUUAGCUGAAAAAAGUGAUGGAUAUUCGGGAGCAGAUAUUGCUAUUCUGGUCAGAGAUGCUCUUAUGCAACCUAUACGUAAAUUACAAUCAGCAACACAUUUCAAAAGAAUUAGUGGUCCUUCACCAGGAAAUCCUAAUGUAAUUGUUCAUGAUUUACUAUCACCAUGUUCCCCUGGUGAUCCAGGUGCCAUGCCAAUGUCAUGGACAGAUGUACCAACAGAUAAGUUAGCAGAACUACCUCUAUCUAUGAAUGAUAUGCGAAGAUCAUUAAUGAAUACGAAACCAGCCGUUAAUAGAGAUGAUUUAGUAAGAUUAGAAAAAUUCAAAGAUGGUUAUGGACAGGAUGCUUAA